UUCCUCAACGAUGCCAUACGCCAUUAAAUAGAAGAUGGUGAAGAAGAACCAGCAGCAGCAGAAGAAGAAAAAUAAAUGCUCCUUGUUAGUGUCACCAAGUGUAACUAGUAAUACCUUUUACUACUACUACUGUCUCGCUCGACGGCGUAAAAAGCAGGUGGAAAGUUUUGGUAUAGCCCUAGUGGAAGUAGUCAAAACCCACAUUUUCCACACACGGCAGUACAACCGCGUUUAUUCUCUGAGGAACAGAAGGUCUGACAAUGGUGCUGAAAUACUGCCAGCAGCGACUCAGACCUUUUGUUUAUAACCACCCAGAACAACGGCAUAACAUUUGUUUUACUGAAGAUAGAGUGAACAAGUCUUCACUCCGGCCGACUUUGACAGCCGUUAACAUAUCGCCGUGCUCCCGGUGUGCCACCGCUCCAGCGUCCAGCAUCUGUACGAGGCCUCUAUGGAGGGACCGAGGACCGGGGUACGGAUGCACCGCUGCUGGCAGUCAGAUGUCUGGAAGAGGUAACUGGGGACACACAGCCUUAACUAACGAACUGAGCACCUCCAUCAGAGCCUUUCAGCAUGACUUGAAACCAGAUGUACCGAAGUCUGAAGGCCAGAAGCUGCUUUUUGAUACUCAUGCAGUUGUGCGACUCCUCGAAGAAAAUGGUUUCACUACACAGCAAGCUGAGGUGAUGGUUAGAUCCCUGGUGAGGAUGACAAACUCUUACAUGGAUGUCAUCUCCGGUGACAUGGUAACCAAAGUACAGCAGGAGAUAAUGCUGCAGCGUGUAAUGUCCCAACUGGCAGCUGUAAAGAAAGACAUGGUGAUUCUCGAGAAGAGUGAGUUCUCCACUUUACUAGCAGACAAUGAGAAACUCAAGAUCCAGUUGUUGCUGCUCAAAGUCCAACUGGCUGAUGUAAUGAAUAAAGUGCGCUCGGAUAAUAUUUUGGACAUGAACUUGGAAAAAAGUCUUGUAAAGGAAUUGAAAGCAGAGCAUGAGAAGAAGCUUCUGGAAACACGAACUGAGAUCAUAGAAAUGACUGCAGAGCAAGACCGUCAUCUGACUCAGACCAACAUGAAGACAGACACUGAAGUGGCUGGUUUGAAAACCAUGUUAGAAUCUCAUAAACUGGAUACUAUAAAAUACCUGGCAGGUUCAGUGUUCACCUGUCUGACUGUGGUCCUGGGUUUCUAUCGUAUUUGGAUGUGAACAGUUAUCAGUAAAGAGUUAAAUGUGCCAAAAGCCGGGUGCACAGUAUUCAUGUUGGCCCUAUCACUGGGCCCUGCGGUUGGUGCCAUUAAUCUACUGGGUCCUACAACAGGAAACUCCAUUCUCUUGCCCUGCCCUUACGGUGUUUACUCUUCCUGUGAGCUGCCUUCAACUUCACGCUAGCAGAAAGAUUGUAAUUAAGACUUGUGACCUGUGGUAACACGUGAACUUUCAUCAUUUAGAGACCAAUUCUCAGUCAUGUCUGAUCUGAUUUCAUUGGAUUUUGUUCCUCAGUGUGUAUUUACUACUGCAAUCUUAUUCCUUUACCAUCAUUUUCUGAAAGAAUGAUAAACGGAGAAAUUAUUCAAGCACUUAAGAUUUCAAUCUGGUUUUGAUCAAAUGCAAAUGUGAUUCUGUAAUUAUUAACACCCCCAGCAAAUUGCUGAUAAUUAAUAAAUUGCCGUUUUACGUGCCCAUUGCUAUGUUUGGCUGCUAGGACACUGUCGAUAAAUGUACUUAAGACUUUUUGACAGUUCGGGUAUGUUGCUGCACUAGAGAGCGAUUAGGGAAGUCCACUCCAGAUUGUCUGUAAAUAAUCAGGUUACUGUUUUAAGUUAAAGUUCGGGUUUUUUCAUUUUAUGUUUCAUAAAUAUUUUAUGGCUUAUAUAUACUGUGUAUAUAAAUUGGGCUGAAACUCAAGAACGGCAUACAACUCUAUUACUUCACUACAUCAUCACAGAUACUUUCUCCAUCUAGUGUGUUGUUUCAAAAUGUUUUAACGAGAGCUUGGACUGAUAUUAUUUAAAUAUAAUAAAUUGUCAAUAAACAAAUACCAUGUACUAACAAGUUGUUUCUGUUCAUGAUG